AUGGUUGAAGUACUUCCCUCGGGUCCCGCCCAGAGCGGUCAUCCCCAGGAGUCUCAAGAUUCUGCGGACCACGUCGCCUCUGUCGCCCGUCUCUUACUCGCAACCAACCUCGCCUCUCGCCAGGAGAACAAGAUGAUGACCCGCGAGGAACGCCAGAUCAUGAUCGAUGAGCUCAGCAAGAAGCGCGCCGGCUGGCGCACUCCCCGCCGCGGCUGGUCCAUCACCGACUCACCCGUGGCAUCAUCUCAGGGCAGCCCCGCGCCCCCAGCCGCCACCGCCUCCCCGUAUCCCGCUCCUCCCUCUACCCAGCACGAAGCCGUGGAGAGGCAUGCCAUCGCCUCCGUCCCAGAGCAAUCCGAGCUCCCGAUGCAGGAGAUGAAGCACGCUCCUCAUCCGCCUCAGGUCCGCCGGCCUCCCCUGCCGCCCCCGCGCCGUUCCUACUCAGUCAUGGACUACGAGCCGCCAGCGCGCAUCCACCGGCCCUCGGCUCACAUGGACAUCUUCGACCUCCCCGCCGAGCUGCACUUUGCCAUCUUUGACCACCUCGACCCCAUCGACAGCACCUGCUUCGGCUUGACAAACAGCCACUUUUACAACAUCCACCGCCGCAUGCACGGCGCGGUGCCGCUGUCGUCCCGGCGCAACGGGCCCAACGACCUGGAAUGGGCCUGGCGCUUCGCCGGUCCCCUCAUCUACCACGACUCCGCGGCGCCUCCGCCCGAGGCAUUCAAGGAGCAUGCCCACGACCUCGAGCGCAUGCGCGUCAAGGGUCAGGUCUACUGCCGCAAGUGCGGGAUCUCCCGCUGCGAGCUGCACCGUCACCUCAAGGAGUGGAUGGGCCCCAACCUGGAGUACUGCUCCGUUACCCAAAAGUACGGCCCUCGACCUUCCGGCGAAGCCGCCGACACUUGCUAUAUCAAGUCCCCAAAGAACCCGCACCGCUGCGGUCGGCACGCCGCCAAGCCCGCCAAGUCGCACAACUAA